CAAAACACAUGUAUUUUCUAGGACACAAGUAUAUUUUCCCAAAAAAUGGAGGUGUUACCUGGGAAGCAGUUUGUUCCUGAAAUGCUAACAAUGUCAUUAAAAGAAGUUGAUCAACAGAUGUUGAAUGAUUCAAAAUCUCCACUUCUAGAAGAACAGCUGAGUUGUAAUGUGUAUCCUACUUUAUCUGGUAUGAAAGACUUUGAUUACCCGUUAAUUCCAAUUUUCACUGACAAUGCAUCAACAACAUCGACAUAUGAAAAACAGUUAACAUCCAUCAAAAGAGUUCCAUUGCCAGAUGAACUUGUGGAACAGUUUUCACAUAUGCAAUGUAAUUGUGUGAUGGGUGUAUUUCCUGAAAUCAGCAGAGCAUGGUUGGCAAUUGACAGUGAUAUUUAUUUUUGGAUAUAUGAAGAUGGGACAGAUGUUGCAUAUUAUGACGGAAUUAAAGAAGUUAUUUUAGCCGCUGGGCUAAUUCAACCUAAAGAAGGUGUUUUCCAUGAUCAUAUCAAGUACCUGCUCUGUGUUACAACACCAGUCACCAUAUAUUUAUUUGGAAUAAGCUUCUCACCAAAAGACCCAAUUAUGUGUGGAAACUCUCAUGGGAGCAUUCAACUACAUCCAGAAGCUUUGUUUACUGUUCCUACAGACAAUAUUUACAUGACCUCUGUGUGUGGCACAAACAAUGGAAGAAUUUUUCUUGCUGGAAAAGACAGUUGUUUGCAUGAAAUUGUAUACAAGACACAAUCAAGUUGGUUUGGUAAACAAUGCUACAGGGUCAACCAUACAGCCAGCAAAAUGUCAUUUCUCGUUCCUGCUUUUUUAUCAUAUGUCUUUUCUUCAGAUGAUCCGGUAUGCCAACUUGCCAUAGACAAUUCACGAGGAACUUUAUUUUGCAGAACAGAAGCGGGUGAUAUAAAGGUUUACUACCUAGGACAGAAUAUGGAGCAUAUGAAUUUCGUAGCUGGCCUUAACAUGUCUAGUAUAACAAAACAAGCACAAUAUGUAGUCAGGACUGUUGAUUCUCGUUACUUUGAAAAAAUCGUACAUGUGGCACCAGUUCCCAGGACAGAUUCUGCAUAUAUUCAUGCAGUUGCCAUAACACAAGCAGGUGUCCGCCUGUAUUUUACUACUACUAAUAUCAAUGACCCACAUGGGGAGCCAUCAUGUCUAAAACUUGUGCAUGUGAGAAUGCCAACUGGAUUUGCACCAUCGAUAGCUUAUGAAAAACCAUCAAAUGUACACACAGGGUUUUACAGAAAAGGUACAUCUCUUUUGAUCGCAAAUGUGUCUGAAGGAUUGGAUAGAAUGUGGUGCUUUGGUCAAGAUUUGUUUCCAUUCAAAUCUCCUUUAAAAGAAAGCCAGUCUGUGGCUCGUAUUGAUGGUCAUACUUGGUGCCUUACAGAAAUACCUGACUUUUCUGACACUUCUGGGGUGCCAUAUUAUUUAUUUAACGAAGAAUUUCCAGAUCCACCUGCAGUAGUAACUGAGCAUGUCUUACCCAUCCGAAGAUUUGUUCUCCUGAGUGCACAGGGUAGUCACAUCAUAACUACAUUGAGACCUCUGGAUCAGUUACGAAUGUUGUUACAUGCGAGUUGCAGUGGUGAAUCCGAUACCAUUGAAUCUUUUUUCAAACACUAUGGUGUUGAUCAAGCAUGCGCUAUUUGUCUAAUACUUAUAUGUCAAUGUGUUGAAUCAGAAGGUCAGCUGAUUGAUCUUGCUACACAAGCAUUUUUCCGUUAUGGAGGAGAAACUAGUGAAACUAGUGGCUAUCUAGGGCGGACUACAGUAUCAGCGAAUAAUUUCAAUGCAAUCCCAAACACAAUAUGUAGCCCAAUACAAGGUGGAAGCAGUGAAGGAAGCUAUUUAUCAACACCACAUGGAUAUCAUCCACAAUCGAUUCAAACUCCUGCACCACCAAGCAUUUUGAAUUCGACUGUUAUCCAGCCUGGUGCUGGUACUGAACAAGUUAGCUCACACUCUGGCAAACAUAAUGGACUGUAUUUAUAUUUCUCAAGAAUUUUACGCCCUGUUUGGAAUUUUCCAAUGAUUCAUCUUGUCGCUAUGGAACCCAAACCACAACAGUUUUCCAGUCGUCUCUCUGCUUCUGAAUUAUCUUGGUUCAUUGAGCUACUGACAAAAUUAAAGAACUUCAUUGGUUCACAUUCACACAUUGUUGCAGCGCAAUCUCCAACUUAUAUACAUACUUUUGUCAACUCUUCUUCAACAGAUGUUCAAUGUGCGAAUGAAAAAAGAAGUUUAGAUGCUUUUCAUCAGUUGUUGACGUUGUCCAUAGAAGCACUGGAGUUAUGGAGAAUACUGUGUGAACAUAACAUAAGCACCCUAUAUGAAGCUUUACCCAUGGAUGUUAAAGAAAAGCUUUUGCAUACAGCAUUUAAGGAUCUGUUUGCACCAACUGGCAGGGAGUUAAGCUCCAAUCUCAUAAAUGCAGUGAUGUCAAUGUAUUUACAUGACAACUCGGCUGUCGAGUCAAUCAGUUCGAAACUUCGAUCAGUGUGUCCGUCAUUAUAUUCUGCUAAUGAUGCACUCUGCAGCAAGGCAAAUGAACUGUUAAUUGGAAUAUCGUUAUUACAUAAUCCAGUCGAGAAGGAGAAACUUGCACAAGAGGCAAUAAUGAUUUAUUCAAAAGUACCUGACCUGGUCGAUUUAAAAUGGAUAUGUAACCAGUUGAAAUCAAGUUCUUGUUAUAAUGAAAUAGUACAAUUAUGUCUAACGACUGCUCUAAAACAAGACCCCAAAGGAAUAGCUCUUCAUUUUUAUAAAAGUGGUGAACCUCGAGACGACAUUGAAGGAAUGGAGAGUUUCGCCAUAAGGCGUGAGAGUUACAUGUACAUUAUGGAUACUCUGCAAGAACUGUUGGCAUCUAUCAACACGUAUCCGAUCUCUUCUUCACUACCAUCAAAGCCGGGACCACCGGCACCUUCGGAAAAUUUGAUAUCACAAGAAACGGCUAGAAAACAUUUUCAUGGUAUGCUUUCACAAUGUUUGAAAUCUGGAGAUGAGCUGUUUCAUGUGACGUUGUAUCAAUGGUUCAUUCGAACUAAUCAGACAGAUAGGUUGUUAGAGAUAAAAUCGCCGUUUCUUGAGCAGUACCUGAUCGCCACAGCAGCAGAACAGCAUCCAAACAAUAAAGAAGUUCUUGAUUUGUUGUGGAAGUUUUAUGAGAAAAAUAAGAACUUUAUGUCUGCCGCCAAACUGUUGAUGAAGCUGUCUGAAAAAGAGGGACCAACUCUUACAAUUCAAAAUCGUUUGGAGUAUUUAUCUCGUGCUUUGAUUAGUGCUAAAAGUGCUCCCGUAAAUACAGACAUAGAUGGAGAAUUUCUUCAAGAAGUAGAGGAGAAACUAGAGGUUGCUCAGAUCCAACUUAAAAUAUUUGAUCAACUCUCGCAGAAAAAUAUCCAAGCCAACACCAAAGAUAAAGCUCUUAUUGAGUUAAAUUUGAAAUUGUUGGACAUAUCUACGUUGUAUGGCGAUUUUGCAGAAGUUUAUUCAUUGCAUGAAUGUAAACUGGCCAUUGUACAAUGUGCUGGUCACAGUGAUGUUACUUUGGUGGAAAAAAUAUGGCAGGAUAUUAUUGAGACAAGCUUCAACGAAUGUAAAUCACUAAGCCCAGCAAGUAAAAUGCAAACAAUUUCACAACAAAUAAUUCACCUUGGAAAUACAUAUGUGCAGCAUCCAAGAUACUUCCCAAUAAACUUCUUACUUCUGUACUUGGAAAAGAAAUCAUGUGAGAUGCAUUUUAAUGAACCUUGGGUAUUCACAAUGCUCCAACAGAUUGGUGUGUCAUUUCCAGUUCUUUUACAAAAUUACGUCGCUCUUCAUCAAUCCAGAGAGAAAAUCUGGCAGCGUUUGGGAAAGCCUCUGCACAUGUUUCACGUGAUAUCGUGUUUGUUUGUCAACUUUCUGGAAAAUAUUACUGAAUACCGAGCCGAAAGUUUAUCACUGACAAGAAGUAUAGACGAGCGGACAACAACCUUUCUUGUUGAAUUGGAAACCAUGAACACAAGUGAUCUGGAAGUCAAGAAUUUGCUAACUCGAUUUAAAGGAGUACAAGCUAGAUUGAAAAGAAUGCUGUAACUUUUGUUGGUGGUGUAAAAGUCAAUGAGAGUGCCCUCAGAAUGACAACGUCAUUCGUCGUACUGAAACAAUUUGGCCUGUGGAGGAGAGUAGUUGCCUUCUUACAGGAUAUGUUAUUAUAUGGAGAAAAUAUAAUUGUGCUUUGUAAAUUAAACAUUUUUGUAAAGGGUAGAGAGAACCAUUUUUCUUAUUUUUAUUCAAAGAAA